AUGGAUGUAACGGAGGAGGCCGCCAGAGUGGCAAAACAACACGAAUACAUCUCCAAGGGCUUGGGAUUCGUCCUGCACCCCACGAUUGAACACGACCUUGGCAGCAGAAAAGAACACAUCAAGAUCGCAAACGUAUCUGGAGCCUAUGAUUUUCCCGGAGCAGAGGAUACAGAUGUCGCUGCGAAGUUGACGUACAGUCACCCGAUCCACUUCGAUUUCAAGGACAUCAUAUCUCCAGACAGCAGCAUCUUGAAGGAGCACCAAGGCCAAUUCGACAUCGUGGCUGUCCGGCUUCUGCACGCAUCUCUUAGCACCGGAGAAUGGGAGCAGACUAUAAAAGGCCUUAUGGCCCUGUUGCGCCCCGGAGGUUGGCUGCAGUGGACAGACUGGGACCCAUUGACACCUCGCAUUGCCGCCAUCAACCCAGCCGCGUCCGACAAGGCAUUGCGAGAUGUUUUGACACGCUACGUCGACCUCCUCAAAGCAAAGAAGAUUGGCACCACGUACCGGAUCCCGACGUCGAUGACCAACCUUGGCCUGGAGGAGGACGACUCUGAUAUGUACCCGCUCAAUCCGGAAGUGGAGUUCACCAGAAACAUUACGACUGGGGUGAUCAACUUCUUGCAGGACUUCGGAGGCUUGAGCGCAGCUGAGACUGAGGACAUCAGAGCGAAAGUCGGCGAGGAGAUCGAUGUUGGCAAGCCGCUGCUGUGGUAUGACCUGUGGUGCCAUAUCGGCCGAAAGCCAAUGUGA